GAGUAUAGUAUUCGCUGGCUCCUCGCGUUGUACAGUGAUAACUGAAUUUCCUCAAAACAAGCCAUGCUUCGCUUCAUAUAUGCUCCAAAAAUAUCAUUUCCCCUUUUUUGUAGGUCGUACUUUUGGCAGGAACUGGUGUUGCUGGUUACUUCAUGAAAGAGCUAUAUGAUGAUAAAAAGCCGAAAAACGAUAAUGAGAUUAAUCCCUAUGACAAGGGUACUUUUGGCAGAUAUGAAUUUUUCUUAUACACUACAUCUCUUGGAGUGAUUAUGGCAAUUCUUUCGCUUGUGGCAUUAAUCACUGGGUUACUGGAGAAAAAGGGUGGAACAUUGGCUGUAAGUUCUGUUAAAUGCUUCAGAGACUUUUAGCAAGUUUUAUUUUAAUCAGCAACUGACCAUAAGAAACUGUUAAGGGAGCGGAAGGAGAAGUUCCUACUAUGCAUGGAUUUCGGUUCCCAAACGUUAAUCACAAUGGGCUCCACGUAUAUCUAAAGUAAGAAAUUAAGUUCGUAAUGGGCCAUUUGCAUUAUAAACUAAAUUUUGAUCUAAACAAGUCUGGACAAAAAUCACAGCUUGAAAGUGCAUCACAAAGUUUGUAAUAUUCCAAAGUUUCGUUGCGAAAUGUUGUAAAAUGCAGAUAAUAUAGCCUUGCAAAGUUUGCCGUUUUUCAGUUAUUUUGUAUUACAAACCGGAUAUUGACAGCCCCAAAGGGCAUGGGGCUGUCAAUUUCCUUCGCGCAAUGCAAAAUGACUGAAAAACGCCAAACUUUGGAAGGCUAUAAUAUCCGCAUUUUACAACAUUUCGCAAACUUUGGAAUAUUACUAAUUUGUGAUGCUCUUUCAAGCUGUGAUGACAUUUUUGUCUAGACUUGUUUAGAUUAAAAUUUAGUCUAUAAUGCAAAUGGUCCACUGUCAAGUCAAGAUGGUGCCAUUGAACCAGUUGCUAUUCUAUUUUAUUAUAUAAACAUAAGUGUUAUAUAGAGUUUUUGGCCACUGAGAAAAAUCGUAUUUAAACACACGUAAAAAAUACGAUAUUUUUACGUGUGAAAAUAUCAUUUGUUGUAAAACGCUUUGCCACGGACGUUUUAUUGUUUUUCACUGAAUUUUGUUUAUAUAAUAAACAGAAAAAUACAUGGGUGCUUGGAAAUACCAGAUUUAUUUCUCGUGUUGAACAUGAUAUCUCACUCGUUCGCUGCGCUCACUCGUGAGAUAUAUCAUGUUCAACACUCGAAAUAAAUCUGGUAUUUCCGCGCACCCAUGUAUUAUUCUCUAUGUAUUUGCCUUCGCGCUUGUGUUGCACUUUUUCUGCGCAUGCUCCACGCCACCACACUGUAGUACUACGUCUUUUAACGAUUCGCGUGCAUGGUGCACAUGCAUAUUUUUCACGGAUGGUCAAUUUUUCUGCCAUGUUCUGCUGUAUGCGUAUUUUUUUACAGAAUUUUUUGCUUCUAUGAUUUUUUUCUGUUCUUCUCCCCCCGUGGUGCGUAAUUCCCCACACAGUGGCGUAACGCUCAUAAAAAUGUUGAUAAGUGUAUUCAGUUGUCUUAAUGCACAAAACAUGUCUCAGUUAAAGUCACUCUGACUGCUAAGCUCAAUUGCAAAGGAAGCUGCGAGAAUCUUCAAUGCGAGAAUCUUCUCUGCCGAUUGCGACCCCGGUUUGCAGCUAUUACUUGUUGAAACAGUUAACGAAGAUAACGAAGUAACGUUAACAAAGUACUGUUAAAGGGGCAGUGUCACGGCGCAAGAAACGUUUAAAAUUAAUGCUACAUGAUUGGAAAAGAUGCAGCAGCAUUCAAUUUUUAAAACAAAGCAAGGAUGUCCUGCAUAACGAAGGGUUUAUAAAUAGUAUAUCGUAUUUCACUCUUAACUUGAUUAAUUGUUGGCAGACAGUUUUCAAGUUCGCGCAUAUUUUGGAUGCGCAGUAGAACCGUGACACAGCCCCUUUAAUAAAACUAAUGAUGCAGGUAGCUAGGUAGGUAAAACUUUAUUUAACUACGCUAACCCCUACAGCAAAGGCCGAUUUCCAAGGGGGGCGUAGAUUUAAAUAGUUAAAAAAUACAAUUGAUACAAAUUAUGGUCAUACAUUACAUUACAUUACAGUUAACAACAAUUACAAUACAUUUACAAAUACAACUAGUAUAUAAUUAUUUACAAAUUAAAUUAAUGCUAGUACUGUUCAAUAUUUUAAAUUAACGUAAUUAUUUUAUUAAUUAAUUGGCCAGGUGUCGUAUACAUGAAUUAAACGAAGCAAGAGUGUGUUUGUUUCUUGCUUCAUCAGAAAGGCUGUUCCACAAUUUCGCUUCUCUAUAACUAAGACUUUUUUUAAGAUAUUCAGUCUUAGGUUUGGGCAAAAAGAGUUUGGUGGAAGAGCCUCGCAUAUUAUAGUAACAAGAGGAAGACGUCCUUUGAAAAAUAUUGGUUAGUCGUUUUGGCGCCAGUUCGUGAGUUAUUUUAUACAUAAGACUUGCUACGAAAUGUGUUCUGCGUUCACUUAAAGGUUUCCAUUUCAGUUCGUCUAGAGCAAGCUCAGAUUGACCGUGUUCGUUUUUACGGCCAGUAAUAACUCUAGCUGCCCUAUUUUGUAGUUUCUCGAGUCGAUCAGAAAGUGUGGCACCAAUGGUGUCCCAAACUUCGCAACAAUAAUCUAGGUGUGGAAGUAUAAGUGCAUUAUAAGCACAAAUUAAUGUAUUAUGAUCCACACAAGAUUUUAGCUUUCUGAUCGCCCCAAUUCCGGAUGAAUUCUUCUUAGCAAUUUUAUCAAUAUGCUUAUCCCACAAUAGGAAUUCGUCAAUAUGAACUCCAAGCGCUUUUGUUUCUUUGACCUUUUUAAUUGGUGUAUCACGAACAAAUACAUUUGGAGCAGCAAGUAAAUUAUUUAUGUUGUACCGAGAUCCUAUUAGUAGAUACUCAGUUUUGACUAGAUUAAGAGAUAAUCUAUUUGCAGUAAGCCAUUGUUUAACAUUGGUAAGGUCAUGAUUUAUGGCCACCUCUACAUCUUGGAUUGACUUGCCAGAUACAGUUAGAGUCGUAUCGUCGGCAAACAUUCUUGUCGACGAGUACUCCAAACUGUUAGGCAGAUCAUUAAUGUAGAUCAAGAAUAAGAGUGGGCCAAGAAUUGAACCUUGAGGGAUUCCACAUGUAACCAACUUCGUGCCUGACAGAGCGCCAUUAACGUAACACAUCUGGGUUCUACUCGCUAAAUAGGAUCCUAAAAGGUUUAAUGAUGGCUUCUGUAGGCCAUAAAGAUCAAGUUUCGUUAAGAGGAUGUCAUGAUUUAUGGUGUCGAACGCCUUUUGUAAGUCCAGAAAAACAGCUAUAUUAAACAAACCACGGUCCAUAUUAAUAAACCAUUCAUUUGUACUAUCUAAAAGAGCAGAGGCUGUAGAAUGAAACUUCCUGAAACCAAAUUGACGAGGGGACAACAACUCCUGUGUAACAAGAUACUCAUGGAGUUGUUCGUAUAAUACUUUUUCAAAAAGUUUACUUACUACAGGGAGGAUAGAAAUGGGGCGAUAGUUGUUUAAUAAGUUUCGUGGGCCGUUUUUAAAUAUGGGAGUGACUCUUGCUAUUUUCCACUCAAAAGGAACAGUUGAACUUAUAAUGGCCAUAUUGAAAAUUUUUGUCAAUGAGUUUGUAAUUACAGGAGCAGCAAUGCGAAUAAUUUUAGCAGGGAUUUUGUCAAUUCCAGUAGAUUUACGAGGAUUUAGAGAUAACAGAAGUCUGUAUACAUUCGACUCAGACACUGUUUGAAAAUUAAAGCUACUAGUUGUUGUCGUGAUGUAAUCCUUGAAAUUUCUGUCACCAUUGUCGAUAUUUUUGGCAAUAUCUGGACCAAUAUUGGUGAAAUAAUUAUUAAAACACUCCGCUAACUCCGUUGGAUGUGAAAUUUGUCCUCUCUGUGUUUCAAGACAAUUUAUUUCUCUACUUCCUUGUUUACGGUUUAGGAUUUUAUUCACAGUUUUCCAUGCUUGUUUGGAAUCAUGUUUGACUUCUUAAAUUCUCCUUUAUAAUAUGCUGCUUUUGGUUCUCGCAAUGCAUCAGUUACGCGAUUUCUAGAGGUUUUGUAUGCGUUCCAGUAAUUUUCGGAUUUAUGUCUAAUAGCAAGAGAUUUAAGGCGAUCGCGUUCGUGGAUUUGUUUUUUAAUUGUACUAGUGAGCCAAGGAACAUUUGGUUUACUUUUAACUCUCUUUUCCCUGAUUGGGGCAUGCCUAUCAAGAACUUGUACGAAAAGUGUUUUCCAUGUGUCCCACAUCUUAUCAACGCAGAGAUUGUUAUCUAAUAAUUCCCAUUCCUGACCACGCAGGUCAGCUUGAAAACUCUCAGCAUUGAAAUAUUUUAAAUUACGAAUUUCAACUUUCUUGUGACUGUUCUGUUUGCGCUGGAUAUUUAUUUUACGAACAACGAAGAUCAUAUAAUGAUCACUAAUGGCAAUCGGUAUUACUUGUGAUGUUAUUAACUUAGUUGGAGUGGGAGUAAGACAAACGUCUAUUAGGGAGGAUGAGGUCGUGGUCACACGGGUGGGUGUGUUUAUCGUUUGCGAUAAUUGAUAUAAUUCCAUGAUUGAAUUUAAAUUCUUUGUGGCAUUGUUUGAGGUGUCAAGCAUGUUAGCAUUUAAGUCACCAAGUAUGUAAAAUUCCUUAUUUUCAUCAUCUAUUGUUUUUACUAAUCGCUCAAUUGUGGCAAAAGAGUCAACAGAAGCACUUGGAGGUCUGUAAAUAGUACAGACAAUAAAUGGUGCAGUGGAAGGUUUGCGAAUCUCAACACAUAUAGCUUCGAGAUUAUCUCUAGUCAGAUCUUUUCGUUCUAAGUAGUUAAGGGAAGUUUUCACAUAUAAACAGACGCCUCCCCCCUAUUCUAGAACGAUCGAUCCUAAUAAGAUCAUAAUUACUUAUAUACAUAUCCUGGUUAUUAACAGUAUCAUCCAAUCUUGUCUCAUUUAAUGCAAGAAUAUCGAGACAUUCAUCGGCUAAUAUUAUCCUAAUUUCGUCAAUAUGCUUAGGUAAACUGGUUAUAUUAAGCAUACCCAUUUUGAAACCCUUGAAAUCAGGGAAAUAUGGGUUAAAUUGAGCAUACCUUACAGCACCUGGCCAUGCCUUAUUUUAAUUACGACUAAAGUGAUUACUAUAAUUUCUAGUAAGAGUGCUACUACCCUUUCUAUUUAAAUGUAGGCCACCUCUAUUUAGGCAAGUAUAAUCUAAAUUAGUGUUGUCUAUAUAUGUCCAUUUGUUUUGGUCAGAGACCCGUUUAAGAAUGUCAUUUACAGUUUUAAUUUUGUUCUGGAUAUUAGCUUUAUCUUUCCUGGUAAUAAUGCCCGAUAUACAUACGUUAGUGCAUGGUAGACUAUCCUUUAUUUGGGUUCCGAGGUUUAAGAUACCCGCAGCAACUACUUCUGCCGUCUUGGAGUUAUCUUUAAUAUUGUUAGUGCCUACAUGCAAUAUUAUCUCGUCGGGCUUUUUGCGUAGUAAUGGUUUUAUGUAAUCUUGCAUAUCUUCAGCUUUACUCCCUGAAAAGGACUUUACAGAUACACGUUGUUUAUCGUUAGACAAGUCCCAGCCGUGAACAUGUUGUAGAAUUGAGUCCCCGGCGAUGAAAACAAGUUUGCCAGACUUAUUAUUCUUUGAGCCUGUUUGAAAUAAAUCGCUUGAAUUUGCAUUUGUUGUAUGCUUUCUAUUGUUGGUUUUGGCCUUGCCCUUGGAAAAUUCAAUAGAAGUUUGGGUUGAUUGACUUUCUUUUCUCCUUUGUUUUCUAUCGUGUUUGUUCGAAUCCAUGUUUAAAUUACUUGACCUACUUUGUCUAAUAGUCGAAGUGCUAGACUCAUUCGGGUCAAUUUCGUCAUUAGAUUCUGAUUCUUUAUGUGAGUCAUGUUCUGUGGACAGGAGACCGAAUCUAUUUGGCGUUAUUAUGUCCGGUUCUUGAGCAUUCAUAUCAGCUGCAGAUCGAGCAGUUUUAUUUUGGCAUGCAUAAUUAGCAGAAAUAUUAUGUACAUUAGUUCUCGCUCUAUGCCCUGGGGUAUGCCAUGUAUUGUGUGUUGCAUCUCUGUUAUUUAAUGCCUGCAAAAUAUGAUAAAUAUUCAAUAGAAUUUACACGAUAUCUUGAUUUCACAUUUUAUUCCUUUCAGAUGGUCAUAGUACAUGUACUUUGGACCCUGCAGUUGCUGGUCUCAACAGCUCUGCUCGCUAAAGUGUUGGCCACAUACGAAAAAGAACGAGAUAUAGGGUCUGGAAACAAGCAAUCCUAUUGUGAUUUUUUCGAUAAGGCAGAUAAAGAUUAUCAAUGCAGUGAAUUGAUCGGUGGAGUGGUAAGGAUUGUUUAUUACUUAUGAGGGGGUAAAGAAUUUAACAAAUGGUUUCUUGGGUAACCAGCGUAAUUGUAAAUAAGAAAAUGUGCAUGUGUCAAUCUGAAUUAAUAUUGUACAAAAUAUCUUUCAUUUAUCUUUUUCACAAUUCCAAAUCUAUUUAUAAUCCUCUGGCAAACUUCUUCUCUAAAUUAUGAAAAUUUGUCUUUCCAGGCAUGCGGUUUCAUCGGAACAAUCCUGUUUCUCGUGGACACCAUCAUUUACGCUAUUUCUUGGAAACGAUCGCCUGCUCAGUAA